AUGGCGCAACGUCUUGCACCGAGGUGUAUGAACACAAGGAGCAGAGGUCCAACAAACCUAGUUCCAAGAGUUAAAGACAUUAAGGGUUGGGGUUUGAUAUGGAGAAUCUGCCUCAAGAUGGUUAAGCCCAAGGAGUGCCAAGCUCGUGCCAUUGGAGCCUAUGAUCAACCUCACAUUCAUGGUCAUAGGUUGGGAAUCAGAGCAUCAGCUGUGGAGAACAACAACUUCGAGAUCAAGUCAGGGCUGCUCAACACUAUAGAGAACAACAAGUAUCAUGGUCUUGCUGCUGAAGACCCUUUUGAUCACUUGUACAAGUUUGAUCAGUACUGUGGCUUGUCCAAGACAAAUGGUGUUUCUGAAGAUGUUUUCAAGCUGAAGCUAUUUCCUUUUGUCUUUGGGAGACAAGGCACACCAAUGGGAGAAGACUCUUCCAAGACAGCUAAGAUCAGGAACGAAAUCUCCGGGUUUCAACAAAAAGGUCUAAAGAGCUUCAGUGAAGCAUGGGAGAGGUUCAAGGGUUAUUGGUCUCAAUGCCCUCAUCAUGGUUUCAGCAAGGAGAGCUUGCUUAUCACCUUCUAUAGAGGAGCCUUACCACAGUGCAGAAACAGGCUUGAUACUGCCAGCAAUGGUUUCUUCUUGGGGAGAACUGAAGAAGACGCAGAGGAACUGGUGGAGAACAUGGCUAAGAGCGACUCAGUCUACAGCGAGGAGCAUGAUAGGGUCAACAGAAAUGAUGAUCAACAAACAAAGAAAGAGAUCAAGUCCUUGCAAGAGAAGAUGGACUUGCUUCUUUCUAACCAAGCUAAACAAGAGCAGGUCAACUUUGUGGGUGGUCCUAUUCAAGAGAUUCCUCCUAAGAUUAAUGAGGUUGAUGGUUUGGAAGGACAAGAAGAGCUGUGCUUCAUCAAUAACAAUGGUUCUUGGUACAGGAAGGAGCCUAACUUUCAGUACAACAACUACCAGCAAAAGUCCUACUCAAACAACCAGCAAGGAGGAUACCAGCAGAGGCAAAACACUCAGCAAGGGAGCUAUCAGCCUAUGCAAAACACCCCUCCUGGUUUCAACAAUAACAACAAUCAGUAUACUCAAGCUCAAGGAAGUUCUUCACAAGCUCCAGCUUCAGAUACAAGUGUGGAUGCAAUGUUCAAGAAACUUUUGGAUUUUCAGGCCAAAAAUGAGAAGACAAUGGGUUAUGAGUUCACAAAAAUACACUCCAAGAUUGAUGGAAGCUACAAUGAGCUCAACAACAAGAUCCGUCAUUUGGAGAAUCAGUUUGCUUCAAUGAACUCUCAGCCAAGUCGCCAACAAGGGGCAUUACCUGGAAAGCCAGAGCAAAAUCCCAAGGAGACAAUGAAAGCCAUCACCCUUAGGAGUGGAAAACAGCUACCACCAAGAACUCUCAUUAGGGAUAAUGAGAAGCAAGAUGGGGAGGUGGUCAUCAAUGUGGAUGAUGAUGUGGUUAUUAUGGAUGAGAAAACCAAUGAGGAGAUCUUGGAGAAAAUAGUUGAAGCAAAAGGAAAGGGUAAAAUUGGAGAAGAGAAGAAGGUGGAGAACAAGAAUGAAGCUGCUACUUCAUCAAAAGGAGCUCUAUUCAUUCCUCCUCCCUAUGAACCAAAACUUCCCUUUCCCGGUAGAUUCAAGAGACAACUUUUGGAGCAAUACAAGGCCUUAUUUGAGAAGCAAAUGAGUGAAGUUCAGAUUACUAUGCCCAUAAUUGAUGCCUUCAUGCUAGUGCCUCAAUACAGCAAGUUUCUCAAGGAUGCUGUAACUAAGAAGAAGAAAGAGAUGGAAGGCAUGGUGGUUCUUACUCAUGAGUGUAGUGCUAUUAUCCAAAGGCUAACCAUCCCUAAGAAGCUUGAAGAUCCAGGAAGCUUUACUCUACCUUGUGCCAUUGGGCAAUUUGCUUUUGAGAGGUGUGUAUGCGAUUUGGGAGCAAGUGUGAGCCUUAUGCCUCUCUCCAUUGCUAAAAGGCUUGGCUUUACACAAUACAACAAGUGUAGACUCUCUCUUGUGCUAGCUGACCGCUCAGUGAAGAUUCCCAUUGGUAUCCUAGAAGAUCUCCCUGUUAUGGUUGGAAAUUGUGAGAUUCCUACAGAUUUUGUGGUGUUGUGA